GACUUACAGAUUGGCUACGCCGGGGCGGACCGCCGGGGGCGAGACCCCUCCUUCUUGAAAGGGCUAGGGGGCGCCCCUGAGGGAGAGCGGUUGCCUGGCAACGGGGCGGUGGCCCGGCGGGUACCCGGCCUAGCGCGCGGGAGAAGCCACCAGGCCGCAGCCCACCCGCCCCGGGCUCCGGAGAGGUGCAGCCCCCGGCCCCCAAGGCCUCCCGGGGGCGCCAGGAAGCCACCUUGGGCCUGUCCUCAGGAAAACGUGGUCUCAGCUGGGCGGGGGGGGGGGGGGGAGACGUUCGAGCAGGCCUCAGGCCCUCUCCCUGACCUGAGGAGAGGCCCGGAGCCUCACCCUCACCCCCUCUUUGUGCAGGGCGCCGGCGGCCAUUGUGUCCGUGCGGGGAAUGGAGGACCCGGCAAUCCCCCACCACCGCCGCUACGUCCAGGGCCUUUGGGGAAUUCAAAGAAAAUCGGCGGUGUUUCUGGGGGGUCCCCGGCCGUCAGCCUCCCGGAAAGGCCCGGGGAUGGCCUUUCCGAAGUCAGACCGCAGAUCCGAGGCAGUUUCCCCCUCCUUCUGUCCCUUCUCGAAACCUUGAACCCCAUUGAGAAGUACCUUCAGGGUUUCGGAAGCCUUACCCCGGGCUGGUACUUAAAUAGAAACGACAACAACAACAACAAAAAACCUAAACCCCACACCAGCCACCUCCGGGAGAGUUCUCCUGGCUCCCAGUAGGCGGAGAGCCAAGGGGCGUGCAAGAGCGAGGGGGCUGGGCUCUCGGGUGGCAGGAGGCCGCUGCCGAGUGGCCGCCCUCGAUCCGGGCGAUGGAGGAGGAAGCAAGCGAGGGGGCCGGUUCCUGAGCUUCGUAAUUCCUGUAUCGCCUUCUGGGCUCCCAGCCUGCCGGGUCGCAUGAUCCCUCCGGCCAGAGCUCCUUUUUUUGCCAGCCGCCGUGAGGCCGGCUGAGUUGCCGGCAUCCCGGCUGCCACCUCUUCUCCCGACCUAUGUUACAAAAGAUCUUCCGGGGGUUGCACCUGCCUGCGGUCGCCUGAGACGGAUUUGAAUCUCUUUCUCUUCCAUCAGAACCUUAUCUUGGCUUUGGAUCUCAGAAGAGAACCACCAAGCAGAGAACAGACUCAGUGAGUGAGCAGGUGUUUUGGACAAUGGACUGGUCGAGCCCAUCCCUAUUAUAAAAAUGUCUCAGAGCAACCGGGAGCUGGUGGUUGACUUUCUCUCCUACAAGCUUUCCCAGAAAGGAUACAGCUGGAGUCAGUUUAGUGAUGUGGAAGAGAACAGAACUGAGGCCCCAGAAGGGACUGAAUCGGAGAUGGAGACCCCCAGUGCCAUCAAUGGCAACCCAUCCUGGCACUUGGCGGACAGCCCUGCGGUGAAUGGAGCCACUGGCCACAGCAGCAGCUUGGAUGCCCGGGAGGUGAUCCCCAUGGCAGCGGUGAAGCAGGCGCUGAGGGAGGCCGGGGAUGAGUUUGAACUGAGGUACCGACGGGCAUUCAGCGACCUGACAUCCCAGCUUCACAUCACCCCAGGGACAGCAUAUCAGAGCUUUGAGCAGGUAGUGAACGAACUCUUCCGGGAUGGGGUGAACUGGGGUCGCAUUGUGGCCUUUUUCUCCUUCGGUGGGGCACUGUGCGUGGAAAGCGUAGACAAGGAGAUGCAGGUAUUGGUGAGUCGGAUCGCAACUUGGAUGGCCACUUACCUGAACGACCACCUAGAGCCUUGGAUCCAGGAGAACGGCGGCUGGGACACUUUUGUGGAACUCUACGGGAACAAUGCAGCGGCCGAGAGCCGGAAGGGCCAGGAGCGCUUCAACCGCUGGUUCCUGACAGGCAUGACUGUGGCUGGCGUGGUUCUGCUGGGCUCACUCUUCAGUCGGAAAUGACCAGACACUGACCACCCACUUACCCUCCCUGCCCUACCCUGCCCCCACCACAUCCCUUUAUCCAGCAACCAUUGCCACCAGGAGAACCACUACAUGCAGCCUGUGGCCACCUACCCAUCACAGGGUUGGGCCUAGACCUGGUCCCCUGCAAUUAGUUUUCUAGAAAUCUACCAUGCUUCUGUGAAAGCCGCCUUCCCCACACCUCUGUUCUCCUGGCCUCAGAACCCACAGAGUUUCCCCAAAAUCUGCCCCAUGGAAGCUGGCAGGUGUGGGGGUGUAUGUGGUUGGGGGCUGGAGGGCCCUGCCUGUUUGGUGGAACCCCCCAACCCCUUAGCCUCCCUGAGAAUGCUUUCUUGCCAGGGAGCUGGAAAGUUUUCUGACCCUUUUCCCCAGGAGAGACUAGAUUGCCUUCGUUUUGAUGUUUGUGGCCUCAGAAUUGAUCAUUCCCUAUCCCUUCCAGGAUCUAGGUCCCCUUCCUAUCAUCCCCACCUUCCCAAGAGCCACUUAGGGGCCACUUUUGACUAAUUAGGGAUUCAAGCUGCUUGGGAUAAAGAAACAAGGACCAGGACCCCCUCUCCACCUCUGGCCUGGCCAAAGUCCCUGACCCCAAUCCCAGUGUCCUCCAGAGGCCUCUGGCUAGAGGCCAGCCCCACCCAGGGUGGGGGGCUGUAGCUGCAGGAAGCACCCCAUGCCAAAGCUAGGGUGGCCCUUGCAGUUUAGCACCACCCUAGUUCCUUUCCCCUUCCUUUCCCUUGGCUCCCAUGACCAUUACUAAGGGACCAACUGGGCCCGAGGCAGGUGCCCCAGAGCUGUUUAUGGCCUCAGCUGCCUCACUUCCUGCGAGAUCAGCCUGUGGCAUCUUUGCCUUGGGCUGCUGCCCACAGAGUUCAGGGGUUCGGGGGCCUCGGCCCAGACAUGAAGGGGAGCUACAGGGAGCAGCUGUGGGAGCCCUAGAGUCUUCCCUACCUCAGGCAGGAAGGGCAGGAAGGAGACCCUGAUGCACGAGGUGUAGGUGGGGGUGGCUGGAAGGGCCAGUCCUACCUGGUCAAACAGGUGUGUGCCCCACCCCCAUUCAGCCUGGGUCACCAGGCUGCCAAGGUCAGAGUGGCCUGGCCAGGAGUCCUUCAGGCCUCCCUCUACUCCACCCAUGGCCUGUCUCAUCCCCGGGGGUCCCGGCCUACCCCUAGCCAUCCCGGGCUCUCUGCUGUACAUAUUCGAGACUAGUUUUUAUUCCUUGUGAAGAUGAUAUACUAUUUUUGUUAAGCGUGUCUGUAUUUAUGUGUGAGGAGCUGCUGGCUUGCUGUGCGUGUGCACGUGGAGAGCUGGUGCCCGGAGACUGAACGGCCUGAUGCUCCCUCCUCUGCCCUGGUCUGGGGAAGCCAGCUGGGGGUCCUGGCUCCUUAGGGGCAACUGUCCCCCCCCCCCCCCACUCAGCCCCCACCCCACACUUGUUCCAGCUCUUUGAAAUAGUCUGUGUGAAGGUGAAAGUGCAGUUCAGUAAUAAACUGUGUUUGACUCAGUGAGCAAAGGACCUGGGCUCUUGUGUGCCCCGGGCUGGGGAAGGAGGGGCUGUGCGGCUGGCUGUUGGGCAGGGGUGCUGCAGGGGAGCUCCCUCUGGGCCUGAUUCUCUCCACCAGCCAUUGAUAGGGUUUUUAUUGAGCGCCUGCUGUGUGCCGAGCCACUGGGGCUGUGUGUGAACAGGAUGGACACAGUCCCUGCCCCCAGGAACUGACAUUCUAGGGGAAGAAACAGCCACUUGGCAAGUAUUUACUGAGGCCUGCCUGGCACAGGCACAGUCCUAGAGCACUGGGGAUUCUGCAGUGAACAAGGCCCUUCCUUUAUGGAACUCCCAUUCUUGGGAAAACAGACAAAUACAAGGAUGGGUCUGGCUGCUGGAGGGCAAAGGUGGAAUCUGGGUGACCAUGAGGAAGAAUGGCAAGACUAAUGAAGGACCUAGUGGGGAAGGAGGUAGGAAGGAGUCAGACUUGAGGUAACAUUUUAAUGGUAGAUCCCACAGGAUUUACUGAUGGAUGAGAAAUCGGUCAAGAAAGAGGAAUCAAGGGUGAUUGGGAGUUUUUGGAAUGGUGACACCAUUAUAAUUACAAAAGUGAAGCACAUUUCUGAGGCCAGUGCAACUUAAGAGGCUCAUAGUGAGUGCCCCAACAGUAUUCAAUGUGGAGCCUGAGCUUGUCUGGGAGUCAGGAGUCAGGGAAGACUCCCUAGAAGACGUGGUAAUGAGAUCUAGGGCUGGAAGAAUGUAGGAGUUAACUAAAAGAAUGGGGGAAGCAAGAAGAGUGGUCCUGGUGAAGAAGAAGCAAGUGCACAGGGUGAAUAAGUUUUCUUCAGGCUGAAGGAAAAUGGGUGUGUCGAGUUGAGAAGGCCUCCUGGGUCAAGGUGAUGCCAGAGCGGUGGGAUGAGGGGGCUGAACUUGAUCCUGAGGGCAGUGAGAGCCAGAGGGAAGUUGUCAGGGAAUGAUAUGCCCCCAUAGGGCCCCAAAACACCCUCUCGCAGCUGUGUGGAGAAGGUUCUGGAGGGGAGCAGAGUAGAAACCUGGAGACCAGUGAAGGAGCCAUGGUUUGAUAAGGUUCUGGUUCUCAGGGUGGGCAAGUCAGGUGUGUUUCCUGGGUCACCCUUCCUGGGCUUGUGCCUUUGGGCAAGCUACCUACCUUCUCUGUGCUCCCAACAUUCACCUCCAUAAAUGGGAUUGAUGGCAGUACCCAUCUCACACGACUGUGGUCCACAUUGAAUGAAAUAACCCAAAAGAGCUUGGGGGAGGCUGGUUGAGGGAGUGGGGAGGGUGCGGCAGCGAUGACCCCACCAUCGGGCGGGCUUCCUAUACAGUUCCACCUGUAGCAGCCGAGGUCCCGAAAGGGUCUGGGAAAACGAGGACUCUAUGGGCGAGCGCUCCAGCCGGGGACGGAGCUGGAGGCGGGAACCUGCCUCGGACGCUCCGCCCCUCACGCCUUCAGGAGCAGGCUUGGCUGCCCCCUGGUGGUCGAGGCUGGUGAGACCUGAAGCCACGCCCACUGCCUCUGCCCUUCCGUAGCGCCCAUGACCUCUGUCUCCCACCUGGCCAGCUUUCCCCGGUGUCCUCCGUCCUCCGCCCGGCUCACCAGAAGGACCUCUACACUUCCAAUCGUUGGGUAUUAGAUUCAGAGCUUGCCACUGCUGUCCCUGUGCUCAGGGUCAUCAUUCUCUUUAGUUCAACACCCAAGUCUCCAGCAUUUCCCCCACCCCUAUCCCCACAGUGUGUCCCUUGCCCCUGCUCUUUUACCUUAGCCACUCAGGCCCCUCUUCAGAUUUUUGAUCCUUCUGGAAACAUCUUUUCACAUACAGACAAAUACAUAGAUAUAAAUAUACUUUUAUCCUCCCUGCCUUUUUUUUACACAAAUGGUAACAGACCUACACUGCCUUGCAUUUUCUCCCUAAGUAAUGUCUGAUACACGUUUACAUACUCAUACAGGAAUCCCCGUGUACUCAUCAUACAGGUUCAACAGUUAUCAAUACUCAUGACAGCUUCAUGAUUUAUUCUAGCUGUGUAGUAUUUUAACCAGACCUCUAUCUAACUCAGUGAUUUCCAACUUUAUACAUGCCAUAGCAUGUGCAUAAAAUACUGGAAUUGCACACUGAGGAAAAGUUGGAAGGAGUUUCAGACUGUCCAUGUGGGUCCGGGGAAGGGGACGGAAUUCAUUUCUAUAUACUAUAUUUAUAAUGAGAAAAAUGAAAUAUAUUUCAUAAUGAACUUUGAAACAGCAAUAUACCUAUUUUAAAAUUUAUUUCUUAAGAGACAAAUAUUUUAUAUGAGCUUUUAUAAUCAAAAUGGUUCACACAAAUUCCAAUCAAGGCUUAUUAAUGAUGAUCUCUUAAAAUUCUUGGUAGUUGACAUCAACAAGAGACUUCAUAGCUGCAAGUAGGUGCUAAAAGAAAAAAUUUAACCAUCCCAAAGCUUACAAUUGAAAUUAUAUUUAAGCAUUCCAACAGCUCUUCCCUUUAUUUAAUUGACAAAUAUAAU